ACAGCUUAGAGUCAAACCCGAUGCUUCGGAGAAUUCGUCAUCAGGAAUAUAGAGUUUCGACAGCUCUUUUGGGCUCCCUCAGGGGCUUCACAGCCGAGACUGUCCGAAAACGAAGGCCGCCGUCCACUACUGUUGGCAAGGCAGUCGCGUCCCUAAAUUCUGCCCGGGCAAGCCAGCGAAGCUCGAGUCCGGUCACCUCCUCCCAUUCACUGUUGCAAUCCUCACCUUCUGCUCCUUCGUCGUCCAGGGUCACAGAGGCGUUGCCAAUAAGAGAUGCUUUGGCAGCAGUGCUUCAGUAUGCAAAGGAGGAAAAACGGAGAAAUUUUACCGAGACUGUCGAUCUUGCCAUUCAGUUGGGAGUAGAUCCUCGAAAGCCCAAUCAAAGCGUGCGAGGCGUACAAACAUUGCCCAAUGGCACUGGUAAAUCUGUUCGGGUGGCUGUGUUCGCCCGCGGAGACGACGCAGAAGCCGCCAAGGCCGCGGGCGCCGCUGUGGUGGGCGCGGAGGAUUUAGUGAAGGCCAUCCAAGACGGAGAGCUGGCGUUCGACCGGUGCGUGGCGACGCCCGAGGUGAUGCCGCUGGUGAGUCGGGUGGCGCGGGUCCUGGGCCCGCGCGGCCUCAUGCCCAACCCAAAGAUGGGCACCGUCACCAAGGACGUGGGCGCGGCUGUCAAGUCGGCCAUGGCGGGGCAGGCCCAGUUCAAGGCGGAUCGAUUCGGGAUGGUGCACGUGGGGGUGGGCAAGGUCUCGUUCGAGCCAGAGGCCCUCUUGGAGAACAUCCGGGUAUUGAUGGUGGCGCUAGGCAACGCAAAGCCGGAGGGGGCCAAGGGGAAGUAUUUCAAGGGUGUCUUUCUCACCUCCACCAUGGGCAAGGCGGUGCCGGUGGAGGUGGCGACAGUCGAUCCUCGGUCCUCGCGGUUCAUGCUCGAGGCGGCACUCACGACCUGAGGAGCCUGGACUCACGCACGCAAAGAAACAAGUCGCAAACGUGGCAA